GUGCUUGAGUAUAUAUGUGCGUGUGAAGGAGGCAGUUUGUCAGUCUGGGUGCCUGCCUCAAUCCCCAGUGCAACCACUUCCUAUUACAUUUUGCCCCGUCUGAUGACCACCUAACAACCUCCCCGCCCUCUUCUAAAAACAUAAGAAGUACUGAACACUAAAACAUCUAGAUAUCUAAAAAGUCAUAUGUAUGAAUGUCCUGUGUACAUGAUGGAUUCAGCACUCACCUGGUGGAUACUUCUUUCCUGUCUGAUCAAGCAGGUGCAUUUAGAGCCUUACCUAUCAAAGCAAGAUUUUGCUCUCUUGGCUAUGGAUAAGGACCCAAAAUGUUUCACCAGGGAUCUAGAAGCCUUCACUUGCUUUUGGGAAGCACCUGCUGGAAAGUCCUAUAAUUUUUUCUACAAAAUCUCAUCAGAAGAGAAAACCUGUGAUGUGAAACAACAAACUUAUGAGGAGAAAAAGGUCCUGCAUAUUUGCACAUUCCCAUCAAGAGACGUCUUCAUGUAUGUCGAGAUGUACCUCAGAGUGACAGACAGAGACACCAACACAACCAUCUUCAGUCGCACAGUCAGUGUGGAGGAUCAACUUUUUCUGUAUCGUCCAACAAAUGUAUCCCUUCAUCCAACUGGCGAAGUGGGCCAAAUGUUAGUUGAAUGGAAAAAAAACAACAAAUUUCCAAUGAACAUGCAGUAUGAAAUUCGUUACAGAUCCAAAAACACAUCAAGCACAGUUACACCGGUGUCAAAACACUCCCAUAAGCUUGUGUCUCUGGUCGCAGGAGAGAACUGCACAGUGCAAAUGAGAGUCAAGCCUGGAGGUGUUUUUUGGAGUGACUGGUCAAGUCCUGUAACAGCUAUGGUGCCACAAACAGCAGGUGACAUAAAGUUGCGUUGCCACACUCCAGAUCUGCAUCAAGUAUUAUGCCAAUGGAGAGGAGACAUUUAUGAUGACGGCAGAUACAGCUUCCACUACAGACAAUUAAACAGAAGUCUGUGGGAUAGUUGGAAGUUGUGUUCAAGAGACAACGACACUGUCCAUCAAUGUGUCUUGUAUGGGCAAGGGUCCAGUAUCUAUCAGUUUUACCUCAGUGUUGGAUUGCAACCAUUCGGUCGAACGUUUUAUGCAGAAACAUUCAGUAUGAACAGCAGCAUCCAGACCAGGCCUCCAGAAGGCCUGAAGGCACAGCCUGAGGAAGGACGUCUUUGUUUGACAUGGGAUCCACCAUUUUUUAAGAUCUCACAGUAUCUAAAGUACCAGAUCCGAUACCAGCGGGAAGGAGAGAGUGAGUGGAAGGAUUUUACAACACCCAGUUCCAAGACCAGCACUUGCCUGGAUGUUCACAGAGGGAGUCAAUACACUAUCCAGGUUCGAGCCCAACCCAAUGGAUCGGUGUAUAGUGGAGACUGGAGUGAGUGGUCAAAACCUCUCACCGCCUUCUUACCUUUAGGCAAAGAGUGGAUCUUCAUUGUCUGUAUACCAGUGGCUCUGCUUAUCAUUGCUUCUGCAAUGAUCUCUUUCUUCUCCAGAUACUUCCGGAAGUUCAAAAAGUCCUUGUGGCCAUCAGUCCCAAAUCUUAACAACGUGCUGGAAAGCUUUCUGACUGAUAUCAGUGGAUCACACUGGGAGCCAACCUUCAACAUCAAGCAAUGUGUUGAUGACUCUGCUACAUCAGUAUUGGAGAUUCUGCCCGAGAAACAAACUUCAGUAAAAUCCUGUAAGAAGUCCACCUCUCUCUCUCUCCCUGAUCGGGGCUUCUUGGCUGAUGUAAAAAAUAAGGAGAAUUUCAGGGAGGAUUCGGAGAUGACUCAAGAUUAUGUCACUUUGAAUAAUGAUGUGAUCCCAUGCUUUACAUGGAAUGACUAUGUGUACAGGGAUGCUGCUUUAUCUCAUCUGGCUAAUGAAAAACACAGUUGCCCCAACUCCGCAAAUAUUUUCAACCAUUCCUAUCUCCUUCUGUCAGAACAGUCUGAUCUUGAAGGUUAUCACUCAGCCUGUCACCAGUAUACCAAUUUGGAGAUCACAGCAAUAGUGUAUGAAGCAAAUGGAGAGUAAGGUUCAAUUUGUCAUAAAUUCAAAGUUUCUGUGGAAUGAGAGAAGCAUGUGAGACUUUAAGGAACAGACAAGUUAAGUGGACAUAUGAACCUUAAUCAGCAGUAAGAAGGAACUGCACUUAAGUUUCAUCAUACCACUAACCAAAACAUUCAAGAACAUCUAGACAAGCAUAAAGGUCAGACCACUGGCUUGCAAAAGACCUUGAAAGAUAAUAUGAAAGUGAAUGUGCAUCAUAAACUGUAGGCUAUAUUCCAGAUGAGUUAAGUUGUAAACAACCAUCAAUGGCAUGUUUUACAUCAAUGUCAAAGUUCAACUUGCUUAUUGGUUUACAGACUCAAACAUGUACAUUAACGGAUGUCUGUGGGGUACUUUGGGGCUUCAAAAGCAAAAAUGUGAUCCUUGUAUUCUUUGUAGAAGCUUUCAGAUUCUUCAGUGAAAUAUUUGAUAUUUAAGCUUUAAACGUGUGGGAGUUUUUUUUUUUAUAGAUAGAUGAACAUCUUGGUUGUGUUCAUCAUUCCUGUUUGUGGAUAAUAUGAUUAUAAAUGAUUUUUCUUAUUGUUUAAAUGGACAUCGUACAAAUGUUAACAGGUUUUUAUUGUAAAGUUAAUGGUUGCACUUUGCACAGAUAAAGUUGGUUAACACA